AUGAGAGAAGUCGAUGUGAAAGUGGUGCGACCUGUGAAGCCGCGCUCCAGGAAAUCCAGCAAAUCCGGAGACUUCAGUGACAUCACUAACUGGCCAACGCCUGGAGAGCUCGCCAAAGAGCAGAAUGUGGUGAACAGCAACGGGAAAAAGUCUCAGAAUCAGCGACGAGACAGAGACAAAAGGAGAGACGGGAAGUCUGAGAGCAGCCAGGACGGAGCAGACACCAAGGAGAACGUCCACAGGUCUGCGGACACUCAAGAGAACCAGCCCAGAGAGAGGGAACGUCAGGAGAACCAGCCCAGAGAGAGGGAACGUCAGCAGAGACUGGAGAGACCAGUAGAAAGAGAGACCAGAACUAACGAGACCGACACCAAAGAACCAGAGGAGCGAGGACCAGAGGCGAAGAACGGUGUGAAGAAGAGAGCGCCCACUGCCUUUGCCGCGCCCACUGCCUCUGCCGCGCCUACUGCCUCUGCCGCGCCCACUGCCUCUGCCGCGCCCACUGCCCUCUGCCGCGCCCACUGCCUCUGCCGCGCCCACUGCCUCUGCUGCACCCACUACCUCUGCCCCUCUGCCGCGCCCACUGCCUCUGCCGCGCCCACUGCCUCUGCGCCCACUGCCUCUGCCGCGCCCACUGCCUCUGCUGCGCCCACUGCCUCUGCCGCGCCCACUGCCUCUGCUGCGCCCUCUGCCGCGCCCACUGCCUCUGCUGCACCCACUGCCUCUGCCCCUCUGCCGCGCCCACUGCCUCUGCCGCGCCCACUGCCUCUGCUGCACCCACUGCCUCUGCCCCUCUGCCGCGCCCACUGCCGCGCCCCACUGCCUCUGCCCCUCUGCCGCGCCCACUGCCCUCUGCCGCGCCUAAUGCCUCUGCCGCGCCCACUGCCGCGCCCACUGCCGCGCCCACUGCCUCCGCCGUGCUCACUGCCUCCGCCGUGCCCACUGCCUCUGCCGCGCCCACUGCCUCUGCCGCGCCCACUGCCUCUGCCGCGCCCACUGCCUCUGCCCCUCUGCCGCGCCCACUGCCUCUGCAGCGGCCACUGCCUCUGCAGCGCCCACUGCCUCUGCUGCACCCACUACCUCUGCCCCUCUGCCGCGCCCACUGCCUCUGCCACACCCACUGACUCUGCCCCUCUGCCGCGCCCACUGCCUCUGCAGCGCCCACUGCCUUUGCCGCGCCCACUGCCUCUGCCGCGCCUACUGCCUCUGCCGCGCCCACUGCCUCUGCCGCGCCCACUGCCUCUGCUGCACCCACUGCCUCUCUGCUGCACCCACUACCUCUGCCCCUCUGCCGCGCCCACUGCCUCUGCCGCGCCCACUGCCUCUGCCGCGCCCACUGCCUCUGCCGCGCCCACUGCCUCUGCUGCACCCACUACCUCUGCCCCUCUGCCGCGCCCACUGCCUCUGCCACACCCACUGACUCUGCCCCUCUGCCGCGCCCACUGCCUCUGCGCGCCCACUGCCUUUGCCGCGCCCACUGCCUCUGCCGCGCCUACUGCCUCUGCCGCGCCCACUGCCUCUGCCGCGCCCACUGCCUCUGCCGCGCCCACUGCCUCUGCCGCGCCCACUGCCUCUGCUGCACCCACUACCUCUGCCCCUCUGCCGCGCCCACUGCCUCUGCCGCGCCCACUGCCUCUGCCGCGCCCACUGCCUCUGCCGCGCUCACUGCCUCUGCUGCGCCCACUGCCUCUGCCGCGCCCACUGCCUCUGCUGCACCCACUGCCUCUGCGAGCACGUGUGGUGUUUGUGUGCGAUAAUGCCAUUUGUGUGGUGUGUGUGCGUCUCCUCACUCACCCCUCUCCGUCUUCACCGUCGAUAGGAAACAAGCCCAAGUGGCUUUCUCUGCCGCUGGAGGAUUCGUCCAGAGAGUCUGCAGACGAGUCACAUGACCCUGCGUCACAUGACCCUGUGUCACAUGACUCUGCGCCGGCGACGCACGCGUCGGUGACGCACAGCAGUAACCGCGCCAACGAGAGGAGCUGGAGGAGAGAGCCACGAGACUUCAACGAUGAUCCAAACGCUCGCGGUGAGAACGGCGUCAGGGGCGGAGUCAGAGGACGAGGCCGAGGACGUGGGAGAGGGAGGGGCCGCGGGAGAGGACGCUUUGAGGACUCUGACUCCGGCACCAAUAUGGUUUAUUACUACGACGAUGGGAACAAGGUGCAGAUGUACACUGUGGACGAGAAGCUGCUCAAGGAGUACAUCAAGAGACAGAUAGAGUACUACUUCAGCCUUCAUAAUCUGGAGAGAGACUUCUUCCUCCGGAGGAAGAUGGACGCUCAGGGGUUUCUGCCCAUUUCACUGAUCGCAUCAUUUCACCGCGUCCAGGCUCUGAGUACGGACGUCAAACUGAUCAUGGAGGCCUUGCAGAGCAGUUCGGAGCUGGAGUUGGUCGAGCAGAAGGUUCGGUGUAAAACGGAUCCGGAGCGUUGGCCCAUCGCCAUGCCGACCGUGGGAUCCCCUCGCACCGACUUCAGCCAGUUGAUCCACUGUGCCGAGUUUGUGCCGCGCCAAAGUGUGCCAGCCAAGACAGUAAUUCGUCGAAAGCCGCUGGUUGAAGAAAAAAAUCCCCCAGUGGAAGAACCGCAGAGAGGGCCGAGUUCUGCGUGCACUGUGGCCGGAAGAGGAGCCCAGGAGCGGGAGGAAGAGACUGCAGACUCGGUGGAAAGCUCCCCGCGGAGUGUGGUGCUGCGCUGCGGGACUGAGGAGGUUAUGAGCGGCUUUGGCUCCAGCUGA